UGCACGCAUAGAAGAUCGACUGGAAACAAAGUAUCGUGCGACGUUCUGUGGAUUUCCAAGCAAAUGAACAUCAUUUCUUCACAAUGACUGAAACAUAUGAAUUGGAAUUAUUUCCUGAGUGGAAAGUGACACUGUUAUUGUUUAAAAAUGUACACAAUCCAGCAGAUUUAAGAAGAAAAGCAAUUGAUGGAUCUAUUGAUGGUACUUUGCUAAACCCAGCAAUGAUUGUUGAUCCAUUUCAAAUUCUUGUAGCAGUAAACAAAGCAAUCCAUCUGCAGAUGCUGGGAAAAAUGAAAACAAGAACCCUUAAUUCAGAGAUUCUCUUCAACCUAUCUCCUACAAAUAAUAUUUCGGAAGCCUUUAAAAAAUUUGGCCUGGCUGACAAUGAUUCUGAAGUUCUUGUUGUUUUGACUGGAGAUGGGACUAAAACGCUAAAACCUCAAGAAAUAAUCUCUCAGAUUGAUGGCCAGCAGGUUCCUCUAACUGCACUGACAGAGUUCACAGACAUUCAAAAAGUAAAAAAGAUGUACAAACUAACUGCACAAGAAGAGAAAAUUAGCACUGCCCUUGAGGCUGUAGUCUGCAGAAUGUCAACUAAAGAUGUUUUGUAAAGAAGACCUGUUCUGAAUAAAUGUGUAGCCCACUGGCAUUUGAAAAUAUUUGUGUCUCACAAGUUGUGUGAUUACUUCUCUUUGUUAAAGGAAAUGUUCACCGGCAGAACAGCACCUGUCAGAAAAAAAUAUUCACUUUUAAAGAUACGCAGCCUAUAAGAGUUUUAGCAAUGGUGGUAAAGUAUUAUAUGCUGUGUAUCUUCAAUACAGAAAUAAUAGUUUAUUAUUUAAAAUAAUAAAGAUUUAGUUUUUAUUCUUACAGGGCUGUAUAAGCAAAAUAUUUUUACCUUUUGUAUAUUACUAAUAUUAAAAUAUUUUUAAGAAGUUGUGAAAUGUAUUAUUGGUGUUUAGAUCUGUAUUAUCUUCCUUUGCCUUGUUUCCUUGUAAAGUCUUAAAACUAUAAAACUAUA